AUGUCACUCCCCACAGGCGCGGGUAAAUCUCUGUGCUACCAACUGCCAGCCUUGUAUAUUCCAAAACUUACAGUGGUCUUCUCGCCCACGGUUGCAUUGAUUGAGGAUCAGAUACGCAGUCUCCCUGUUGGAUUAGCGGCAAGGUCACAUCAGAGCCAGAGGGACGAACGAAAACUUCUCCCGUUCACAAUAGACUCACCCCGACUAUUCUACGUCUGUCCGGAGUGGUUGGACAAUCGAAGACAUGCCGAUUUUCUUGCAAUUCUAUGUAAUGAGGGUCACGUUGCUCGAUUUGUGAUAGAUGAAGCUCACACAGCUCUGAGCACCUUUCGUAGUGCAUAUUCUAGCGUGUUUAGGCUGCGCACACAAUAUCCGGACAUUCCUUUCACAUUGAUCUCUGCAUCAACCACUCAAGAGCAGCUUCUCCGGCUCACCGAGAGCUUGGACAUGACAGGCACAUGCCUUCGUAUAACGAAUUCUUCGAAUAGACCCAACAUUCACUAUAGCGUCAUCCACGUGCCAAGGAAUGAGGCUCACUUCCGAGUGCGCACUAUCGCACAAUACAUGGAAGAACAUCCAGACGAGAGUGGGCUCAUCUUUGCGCGAACAAGGAACCAAGCCAUGAGGGUGGCCAGGCUACUACAGGAGGAAGGCCUCUCGGUCGACUUCUAUCAUAGUGGUGUCCAGGAAAAGUUGAAUCAGGUACUGCAAUACUUUCACUCUGGUACACUUCAGGCAAUUGUUUGCACGAGCGCAUUUGCUGAAGGAAUCGACAAGAAUGGCGUCCAUUUCGUUUUCCAUUAUUCCAUACCCCCGACACUGGAGGCGUAUUACCAGGAAACCGGGAGAGCAGGCAGAGAUGGCCUCCCAAUCUAUAACUUUAGCGACAUUGCGCGAGUCGCGAGCGUCGUUGCAGAGGAGGUCACCCUAGCCUCUGGUGACAAAACUCGAGAGCUUUCCCAUGAACAACGAGAGAGUAUACAACAGGUCGUCAAUCUUUGCCUCGACGUGCGGUCCUGCCGGAGACAGCACAUUGUGGCUCCAUUUGCUGAUCGCAAGCCCACACAGUUCUCCGGACCCCAGAUGAAGAUCUACUCAACGCAAGCGCACACCUUGAGCAAGAACGGGAACUGCGAAGCUUGCGAUGUCUGCGACAUGCGGGAGAAUUGCGUAACUCCAGAAGAAAUCUCCUCCGAGCUCCAUAUUAUUGAGGAGCAGCUUCAGAGAGAUUAUUCGGUGCCUAAACACGAGCUAGUCAGACGGGUAGCCAAAGCACUCCGCAAUGAGUCCCGUGCACGAGUUCUUGUUGAGUAUAUGGCAGCAACUGGGGUACUCGCUCUUGAUUUUGAAUGUCAACUCUCCAAGUGGAUGCAAUUGCGACCUAUGAUUGGACUGAGGACUGUCAAGCUGGAUCGCGUCCUUCAUUGGAUGUAUCCGAAACCACCUGUUCCACGACCUCGAAGACAUCGCCCCCCUGGGCUCACGACACAACCUCUCAUGGACGAAGAUGCGAAAAGCAUUGAAGACGAUGACUACGACGAAUCAGAGGAUGUGCUCAAUAUGCUACAGGAGCCCUCUCAAGAUGGCGCGGACAUGUCGAUGGAUGCUGAUGACGAGGGUCAAUUCUCAAAGCCAUACUCCCAGGACAGCAUACCGGAUCCACCAAGUAAAUCAGCUCAGCGAUUACCCAGGUUUAGAGAGGAGUAUGAGCCAGGGAAUACCACAGAUACGAACGUCGAGGAUCAGGUCGAAGAGGUCUUCAAGCAAUUGAAACAAUUUGCUCGAAGGACGUCCGACCUGAGGACUGUUUCUGACCAAGGGCUGCGUUCCAUUGUGGAUGAGUGGCAGCGACGACGCAAGCUGGGGCUUGUCCUUUUUGACGCAGAGGAAUUUUCCAAGUGUGUCAAGACAGUCAGAGAGAAGGAGGCCACGGUUCGAGGCAAGAAGAGAGUCAAGAUAGAAUUCACACAAGAAGUUGUGAAUACGUUGGACUACUACUCUGAGAGGAUUGUCAGAGAUAUUUUUGACGCUUUGAGCGACGACCUUUUUGUAUAA